AUGGAAGCACAACCGUCAUCCUCUUCCUCGAGGGGCUGGCGCUUUUGGCUAAUUAUUGCGGGCUGCGCCGUUACCUCGCUCCUGACGGCCGUUGAAUCCACCGUCACCUCAACGGCUCUUCCCACUAUCUCUCGCGACCUGAACGCUGGAGAGUCGUACAUCUGGUUUGUCAAUGCCUUCUUCCUAUCCAGCACGGCCUUUCAGCCGCUCUAUGGCCAGCUAGCCGAUGUCUGGGGCCGACGAUGGCCGCUGAUUUCCGCCGUCGCCUUCUUUGCCCUGGGAAGUGGAAUCAGCGGGGGCGCCUCAUCCUCAGGCAUGCUCAUCGCUGGACGCACGGUGCAAGGAGUGGGCCUGGGAGGAGUCAACAUGUUAGUGGAUAUUGUCGUCUGUGACCUCGUGCCUCUGCGCGAGCGGGGGCAGAUCAUGGCCCUCAUUUUCGUCGUUUUCGCAGUCGGCUCCUCUCUGGGCCCAUUCAUCGGCGGCGCUUUCACUGAGAAUGUCACUUGGCGCUGGUCCUUCUAUAUCAGUCUACCCAUUGCUGGAGCAGCUAUAGGUCUCAUGCUCCUCUUCCUGCAAGUGAAGUACCAGAAGAACACCACUCUAGUGGAGAAGCUUAAGCGCAUCGACUGGCUUGGCAACGGGCUCCUCAUCGCUUCGGUGGUGGCUAUCCUGAUCGCCCUCAGUUUUGGCGGUACCACCUACUCCUGGUCAAGCUGGCAUGUAGUUGUACCACUAGUUCUCGGCCUGGUAGGCCUUCUGGUCGCUUUCCCGGCCAUCCAGGCAACCCCUAAGCUGUGUCCCGAACCAACCAUGCCACUCCGCCUCUUUGCCAACCGCACCUCCCUAGCGGCCUUCACCCUCACUUUCCUCCACGGCAUGCUCCUCUACUGGACUAUCUACUUUCUCCCCGUCUACUUCCAAGGAGUUAAAAGCAGCUCCCCUAUCCGCUCCGGCGUGCAGCUUCUCCCAACAGUCAUCGUCACGGUACCAGCGGCCAUCGUCGCAGGUGUAGUCCUUACGAAGACCGGACGCUACAAACCAAUCCAAAUCGCCGGUUUCGUCUUCAUGGCUCUUGGCAUGGGUCUAUUUAGUCUCCUCGAUAAAAACUCCAGCACAGGCGCCUGGACAGGCUUCCAGCUCCUCGCAGGCAUCGGAUCCGGCUUUGUUAUCACCUCCACUCUCCCCGCCGCACAGGCUGAACUAGCCGAGACUGACGUCGCCGCUUCCACUGCCACAUGGGCCUUCCUGCGCUCCUUGGGCUCCGUGUGGGGCGUCGCCAUCCCCGCUGCUAUCUUUAACAACCAGUUCGCUUCCCGGGUGGCGGCUGCCGGGCUGGACAAGGACCCGCGCAUCGCGGCUAUCCUGGGUUCUAGUGGGGCGUAUGAGCAGGCAUCCGGGGACUUCGUGUCUACGUUCCCGGCGGAUGUGCAGCCGGCUAUUAUCGAGGCUUAUACGGGGGCUAUGCAGCGCGUGUGGCAGAUCUCGGUGGUGUUUGCAGGGUUGGGUUUCAUUAUUGCUUGGCUGGAGAAGGAGGUAGAGUUGCGCACGACACUCGAGUCUGAGUUUGGUCUGAAGGAGGACCGGGUGGAAGAGAAGGAUGAUCUCCGGGUGAUUGAGGCGGGACCAACCAAAUAG